AUGCGUGAAAUUGUUCAUAUGCAAGCUGGUCAAUGUGGUAAUCAAAUUGGUUCCAAAUUUUGGGAAGUGAUUUCGGACGAACAUGGUAUUGAUCCCACAGGCGCGUAUCAUGGCGAUUCGGAUCUUCAACUUGAACGUAUCAAUGUCUACUAUAAUGAAGCAGCUGGUGGCAAAUAUGUACCACGUGCUGUUCUUGUCGAUCUCGAACCAGGCACAAUGGAUUCAGUUCGCAGUGGUGCAUUUGGUCAGCUCUUUCGCCCAGACAAUUUUGUUUUUGGACAAUCGGGUGCUGGUAACAAUUGGGCCAAAGGUCAUUACACGGAAGGUGCAGAAUUGGUUGAUUCAGUCUUGGAUGUCGUACGAAAAGAAGCUGAAACAUGCGAUUGUCUUCAAGGCUUUCAAUUAACACAUUCACUCGGUGGUGGUACUGGUUCAGGCAUGGGUACAUUGCUUAUCUCAAAAGUUCGAGAAGAAUAUCCGGAUCGUAUCAUGAUGACAUUCAGUGUUGUACCAUCACCAAAAGUAUCUGAUACGGUUGUCGAACCGUACAACGCAACAUUAUCCAUACAUCAACUAGUCGAAAAUACAGAUGAAACAUUUUGUAUUGACAAUGAAGCAUUGUAUGAUAUUUGCUUUCGUACACUCAAACUUACAACACCUACAUAUGGUGAUCUUAAUCAUCUCGUUUCGGCUACAAUGUCAGGUGUAACAACGUGUUUUCGAUUUCCUGGUCAACUUAAUGCUGAUCUACGAAAACUAGCUGUUAAUAUGGUACCAUUUCCACGUCUUCAUUUUUUUAUGCCAGGUUUUGCACCAUUAACAUCACGUGGUUCUCAACAAUAUCGUGCAUUGACUGUACCUGAACUUACACAACAAAUGUUUGAUUCAAAAAAUAUGAUGGCUGCAUGUGAUCCACGCCAUGGAAGAUAUUUAACAGUUGCUGCUAUUUUUCGUGGUCGUAUGUCAAUGAAAGAAGUCGAUGAACAAAUGUUAAAUGUACAAAAUAAAAAUUCAUCUUAUUUUGUUGAAUGGAUUCCGAAUAAUAUCAAAACAGCUGUUUGUGAUAUUCCUCCACGUGGACUUAAAAUGUCGGCAACGUUUAUUGGUAAUAGCACAGCGAUUCAAGAAUUAUUCAAACGUAUUUCGGAACAGUUUACGGCUAUGUUCCGUCGUAAAGCAUUUCUUCAUUGGUAUACUGGUGAAGGCAUGGACGAAAUGGAAUUUACUGAAGCCGAGUCGAAUAUGAACGAUCUUGUCAGUGAAUAUCAACAAUAUCAAGAUGCCACUGCUGAAGAAGAGGGUGAAGGUGGUGAACAGGAUGAGGAAGAACAUGCAUAA